AUGCCGCCGCCGCCACCGCACCAGCAGCUCGCAGCUAUCGCCCGCAGCCACCUCUCGGCAUCGACGACGGAGACCACCAGGGCGGGCCGACGCCCCACCUGGCCUUCGCCGAGCCGCCGCUGCUGCUGCUCGCUGGGACCCAAGGCGCAGCCUCGGCCGCCACCACGCGCCCGCACGCCCGCACUAGCGGAGCUUACGACAACCCGCAGCAGCAGCAGCACCACGCGCGCCAGGAGCAGUACCGUCAGUACCAGCGCCAGUACCAGCACGAGCACCCGCUCGAGGAGCUACGGCAGCAGCAGCAGCAGCAGGAGCCGCACCAGCACAGUCAACGUCCGCACCCGGCCUGGCGCGCGCGGAGAGCGCACCGGCGCUGCCGCCCAUGACCCCGCCGGCCCACUCGUCGCUCGCCGCCAUCGAGCGGGCCUUCCCCUCCUCCUCCUCCGCCGCGCAGCCCGAUCGCCCGCCUCGCCUGCCGCCGCUUUGCGCAAAGAAGCCAAGUCCAAUCCGUUCGAGGUGGCCCACUUCCCGCCGCCGCGGCUCUACGGCAGCUCGCGCCUGUCGUCGGCCCUGCCGCCCGGCUCGCCCUGCCCCGCGGCGGCGGCCGACGUGGACGUGGGCCACCGGCGGGAGACCCGCGCCGAGGGCAACACAAAGACCGACGAGGAGGAGCAGCUGCCGGACUUCCCGUUCCCGGUCAGCCCGCCCGACACGUGGGCGCUCAUGCGGUCCCUCGAGCAGCUCUACCGCGACGGGCGGACCGCCAUCAACCGCGACACCAUCGUCGGCCGCAAGCUCUACAAUUUCCGCGACCUCUCCGAGGCUACGCAGAGCGCAAAACACGGAGUGAAGGUGGCGUCGCAGAGAAUAUUCAGGUCGGCGUGCCUGUCGCGUGGCGAUGUGGACCACGUCGACGUGGUGAAGAGUCUCCUCUACCUCAAGGAGUUCGUGCAGGUCAAGACCAUGAUCGACUUCCGAAAUAAGGACGAACGGAUGAGCGAUCCGCUCGACCCCGUGGUCGAUGCCGUCUACCCGCGCAUCAAGAAGGGCACCUUCAUGGACCCGUACAACAUUCCGCUGAUGAACAAGAGCUUCAAGAUCAUGGGCCUCUUCCUGCCCUCCAAGUGGGGCACCAAGAUGAACAUGGUCAAGGCCGUCGUCUACGGCUCCGAAAAGACGCCCACCGAAAUAUUCGCCGAGGAGGCCAUGAACCCGAUGGGUCUGCUGGGGCUCAACAAGCUGAUGCUGGUGUACGGCAAGGAAGAGAUCGCCCAGGUGCUCCGAAUUUGCGCCAACUCGUCCAACUACCCCAUCAUGUACCACUGCUCAUCGGGCAAGGAUCGAACGGGGUUGAUCACGGCCCUCAUCCUCCUGUGCUGCGGAGUGGACGCCCAGGACAUCAUCACCAACUACCACCAAUCGGAGAUCUUCCUGUCGCCCGUGAUGGACCGCAUCACGGCGGAAAACCAGGCCAAGGGACUCAACGCGGGCUUCGACGGGACGCCGCCCGAGGUCAUGGAGCAGACGAUCGGCUACAUUUUCGAGAAAUGGGGCUCAAUCACAGGGUAUUUUUCGUAUAUUGGAUUUGGAAGCCGUGACCAGAUGAAACUAGUGCAGCACCUGGCCCACAACUCCCGCAAGUGA